UCACGGUUGCCUGUAGCAAAAAAAAAAUAUUCUCUUUCGUCGCAAAAAUGUUCAAAAUCAGUUUUUUAAUUUGGUGCUUUUUAAGUUUUGUGACAUCAAACGAGUUAAUUUGUAACUUUAUACAGCAUAUUGAUGGAUAUAAUUGUGAAAUAAUUAACUCGUUUAAGGAGAAAGUGACAUCCGUUAAAGGAAAGCAUUUCUCCAAUAAAAAUAAUACAGACAUUGAAGUUCUAUUUGCACCAUUAAGAUCAAACUUAUCAAAUUUUCCAAGUGAAGCAUGUCUGCAAUUUGAGAAUCUUCUAAAAUUCGAUAUCAACGGACCUUAUGUGACUGAACUUUCAAGGCCAAUCUUUCAUGGAUGCAAAAAGAUUCAGCAAGUCAACAUUAUGUAUACGAAAAUUGAAGAAUUUGAAGAAAACUUGUUUUACGACUUAGAUACUUUAGAAAUAUUAACAAUCAGUGAAAACUCAUUGCAACAUCUUCAGAGAGACUUACUUAAGUAUAACAAGAACUUAAAGACACUUGAUUUAUCAUACAAUAAAAUUACAUCAAUAUCCACAAUCAUUCCGUCAUCUGUUAACAUCGUCAAGGUCUUUAACAAUCCAUGCGCCGAUCGAUCAUUUCAUCCUAGAGAUUUUAACAAAAUUCAUGAGCAGUGCCCUGACGAGAAUAAAAGAUUGUCACUUAACUUAACAGAUACAAUGAAUAAGUUCCAAGAACUACACAUGCUUAUUAUGAAAACAUCAGCAAAAUUAAAUGAUUUUGGAGACAUUUCUGAAUCGGCAUUAAAUGAACUUGAUGAACGAUUGGAUAUUGCUGAAAAUCACCAAAAGUCAUAUGUAAAUAGGACAAGAGAUGACGAAAGAGAAUGGAUUGAGAAAUUUAAAGCAAUCGAGGUGCUCAAAAGAGAUUUGAAGAAUUUGUCGUUAAAGAUUGAUAAACAAAAUGAGGAAAUGAGCAAUUUUAAGGAACAGCAAACGGUUAAUUAUGAGAGAGUUAUAGAUCAAAUGGGCAAAGUACAACAACACUUGAAUAAUUUCUCAGACGACCGGAUCAAGUUUGACAAGCUCUUGGAACAAAAUGCUUUGGAAUCAAGUUUCGAUGCCGACAGAAAAUUUAUUUACAUCGGUUUCGCAAUCAAUGCCUUGAUGUUUGCAAUGUUUAUACUUUUAGCAUUCAUUAAAAUCAACCGUCCAACUAAACGUGAUGCUUUUCUGUUGAAUCCGUUUGAUAGCUAGGGUAAAUUGUUGUGAAUUACUUACUGGAUCUUCUAUAAAUUGUAAAUUCUCUUUUCUAAGUUCACUGGAUCUUCGAAUCUUAAGUCUGUGUGUGUCUUACAUUAAUAAUUAAUUAAAUUAUCUUAGUGUAGAAGGCUGUCGGGAAUGUUCCUUAAAAUCUUUAAAAUGCCUUAUUUUGUAUUUACUGGAUUUUUUAAAGUUGUUUCUAUAAAAUCAUUUUAUAUGUUAAAAAUUACCGUUCUGUAACUCUGUACUCAAUUAACUAUAGAAGUCUGAGCACUUGAUAAGUAAUCUGAUGUAGUCUAUAAUCAAUAAACUGGAAUAAAAAUCAUAA